UGACAACUGAUUUUCAGGGCAUUGUUUUGAAAGGGCCAAAGAACUCUGGCUGCAUGUGUAUGCUCCAUAUAAAUCCCAGGUAUGACUUCAUGAUUAUGCAUUUUUCUUCUUAGUUAUGUUCAACCUGUGAAGCACUCAUAUCAGCACUAACACAUACUGACAAUGGACACGAACACAAACAUGCAGACGCACUAAAGUUUUAAAAUGAUAGGACAACUAUGUAUAUGACUAUAUGCCAUAAUUAUAACAAAUCAACGACUUUCUAUCGGAAGAACAAAGUUCAAAUCUAUGAUCUAGAAAAUUAUGGUAGCAAUCAGUAACUAAUAAAUAACCACGGUUAUGUGUUGUUUGUUGCAAGCAUAUAUAAAAAUAAUUGGAAGAGAUGUAUUGAAGAUGUGGAAGAAAAUAAUGAAGAGAAAGACUAAUUCUCAUUGAGUAAUACAAUUUUAAGUGUGGGAUAUAUAUACAAUUAUACAUUUGAGCUAAAAACAACUAAAAUCAAGUUCGGUUGAUUUAUUUAAGUAAGUGUAGGUAAUUCGAAUUCUAUUACAAAUAAUUGGUUAACGAUAAAUUUGUAAAUAGAGCUCAUCCAUUACAUAUUAGUGGCGGUUUAUCUUCAAUUCGGUUCGAUUUUUGGUUCUGCCAUAAAAAAAACCCUUGAACUAAACCAAAUCAAACCGGUAAAUAACCCUAAAUCACAAAAAUACCCUUACGUAUUAUUAUCUCUAGCGGCUCCAUCCAAACUGUCUAGCCCUCCUCCACUCCUCCAGUCUUCGCCGCCGAGCCCCAGUGGCUCCAGUGCCCUCACUCCUUUCCAUUUUUCGCUGCGCUAUCGAGCCAGCAGGUAGCAGCGUCUUCUUCCCCUGUGCCGUCGCGUCGAGCCCCUGUGUUGUCGUCCCCUGCGCCGUCGUCGCGUCGAGCCCCGUCCAGCCGCCGUCGUCCAGCGCGUCUCCCUCUAUGGCAGCCACCGCGUCUUCCUCCACUCCCCACUGCACUCUGCCACUCUCUGUCUGCAUCAUCAAGAAUGGAGCCUGUUCUUGAGUUAAUUCUGUUUGAUAUUAAAAACAUUGAACCAAAUGGAAUCGAAUAUUUAUGUACAAUUGGAUUGGAUGACUUUUCCUCUAAAAACUGAACCAAACCGCAUCGCUAACAACCCUUAUUGAGUAACUCUGAAUGGGGCGGCAGGCGGCAGAGACAUGGUGGAUUGGUGGCAAAGAAACCGUGCAUCAAAAAAACUGGGAGACAUUCUCAUUGUGGCCUCCAUCACCAAAGCCCUCUCCAAAUCAGGAGGAACUCGCAACCUCUCUCCCUCUCUCAAACUCACACAUUCCAUCAUCCUCAACGUCCUGUCCAACCCCUCCCUCCACCCUUCCAACAAGCUUCAUUUCUUCUUCUGGUCUCGUUCCCAUUCUUCCUCCCUUCCGCCCUCUGUCGCUGCCUACUCUGCCCUCUUCUGCACUCUCUCCCACCCUGCCCACCUCCACCAUGUUCCGGCCCUCCUCCACUCCCUCAAACAAGACUCCCUCCUUCUCGAUUCCCACUCCUUCAAGCUUCUCCUCGAUGCGUCCAUCCUCUCUUCUAACUUCGAUUUGGCUCUACAACUCUUGGAUUACAUGCAAGAUCUUGGCAGCAACCUGCAACCUCACAUCUAUAGCUCUGUCCUCGUUGCUCUCGUUAGGAAGAACCAAGUCCCACUGGCUUUGUCCAUCUUUUUCAAGCUUCUUGAUUCUACUGCUGAUGGUUUUGAUUCCAAUACAGCCAAUGAGUUGUUGGUUUCUCUUAGGAAAGCAAGCAUGAAGGUGGAGUUCAAACAAGUUUUUGAUAGGCUUAGAGAGAAGAAAGGUUUUUAUUUUGAUACUUGGGGCUACAACAUUUGCAUCUAUGCAUUUGGUUGUUGGGGUGAUCUUGGUGCUUCUUUGAUCCUCUUCAAGGAGAUGAAGCUGAAGGAGAAAGAGGAGUUGCUGGAUUAUGGUUCCCGCGGCCACACUUAUUCUUCUGUUGGACCUGAUUUGUGCACUUAUAACAGUCUCAUUAGUGUGCUUUGUAAGGUUGGCAGAGUCAAUGAUGCACUUAAAGUGUUUCAAGAGCUUAAAGAAGGAUCUGGCCAUGAACCUGAUAAGUUCACUUAUAGGAUCCUUGUGCAAGGUUGUUCCAAGACUUACAGAGUACAUGAUGCCAUCGUGAUUUUCAAUGAGAUGCAGAAAAAUGGAUUUCGCCUCGAUCCUGUUAUUUAUAAUUCUAUGCUUGAUGGACUCUUCAAGGCCAGGAAGGUUACAGAAGCCUGCCAACUGUUUGAGAAAAUGGUUGAAGAAGGCACGAAGGCAUCUUGCUGGACAUAUAACAUUCUGGUUGAUGGCUUGCUUAAAAAUGGGAGACCUGAAGCCGCGUAUACUCUCUUCUGCGACCUCAAGAAGAAAGGCCAGUUCGUCGAUGGGGUUACUUACAGCAUCAUUGUGCUGCAAUUUUGUCGAGAAGGUCAACUUGAGGAGGCACUACAAUUGGUGGAGGAGAUGGAAAGCAGAGGUUUUGUUGUUGAUCUCACUACGAUAACAUCGCUCUUGAUUAGCAUUCAUAGACAUGGUCGCUGGGAUUGGACGGACAGGCUUAUGAGGCAUGUGAGGGAGAGUGAUCUGGUGCUUAGUGUUCUCAAGUGGAAAGCUGGAAUGGAGGCUUCUUUGAAGAACCCAAAGAGCAAGAGAAAGGAUUAUUCGCCAAUGUUCCCUUCCAAAGGAGACUUUAGUGACGUCUUGAGCUUCAUGACUAAUGCUCAGGACGUCACCCUUGAUUCACAGCACGGUUCAGAUUUUCAAGACAAGGAGAGUUCCGGUAACAAAUUUGAUGAGUGGUCAUCAUCCCCACACUUGGAUAAAUUGGCCGAGUCCGCGCUUAGCACUUCCCAGCUAUUUACUCCUUCUCAUGCUCAAAGAGUUCAAGAAAAGGGGCUAGAUUCUUUUGAUAUUGAUAUGGUGAAUACUUUCUUGUCUAUAUUCUUGGACAAGGGAAAGUUGAGCUUGGCUUGCAAGUUAUUUGAAAUUUUCACUGAUGCAGGUGUGGAUCCUGUGUGUUACACUUUUAAUUCUAUGAUGAGCUCCUUUGUCAAAAGGGGUUAUUUCACUGAAGCUUUGGCUAUCCUGAACCAAAUGGGAGAAAAUCUUUGCCCAACUGAUAUAGCAACAUACAAUAUGAUAAUUCAAAGUUUAGGAAGGAUGGGAAGAGCAGAUCUGGCCAGUGCUGUUCUUGAUAGGCUGCUGAAGCAAGGUGGCUAUCUCGAUGUAGAUAUGUAUAACACAAUUAUCAAUGUUCUGGGAAAGGCAGGCCGAAUUGAUGGGGCGAACAACUUCUUCGAGCAAAUGAAGAGCAGUGGGAUAAAUCCUGAUGUUGUCACAUAUAAUACAUUAAUUGAAAUUCACAGCAAGGCAGGACGGUUGAAGGAUGCGUAUAAGUUCUUGAAAAUGAUGUUGGAUGCUGGGUGUCCUCCUAACCAUGUAACGGACACGACAUUGGAUUAUCUGGGAAAGGAAAUAAAAUAAACUGAGAUACCAGAAGGCAUCAAUUGAGUUCAAGAGAUGAUGCUUCUUGAAUGUAGUUCUCGUUUUUGGUGUUUUCACCUCUUCUUUGAUCACAGGCAGUAUGCUUUGUUGUUAUGAAAUCACAGCAAUAAUAAUUGAAGCUUAAAGACAAGAAUUCAGGUCUCAGAACGGCUCACUUUGAUUCUAGUACGUGAGGCCACUAUUUAGUCAUGUGGCAGAGUUAAGAAGAAAUUCACGUCCUAUUGUUCACCAUCAAAAAAUGGUUAUCCAUAACUUGUCUAUUUCAAGCAUAAUACAAUAUUGGGGUGAGACUAGUAUCCAAUUCAAUAUGUAGGCCUGGAUCCGUAAUAUCUUUCCCAGUGGCCAAUGUGAAAGAUCCCUAAAAAGUGUUUGAUAAUCCCCAUCUGCCAAAUCCAUGAUGCAGUGAGGAUCUGUGCGAGCAAGGAGGCACAGGUUUCUUUUUCCCUCUGCAAGUGAUUAGAUUGAAACUCAAUACUAUGUUUAGAGUACUCAUUAUCGUAUGUCGUACAAAUUAAAAGCAAACUUCUUAAUUACCAUUAUCUGGAUCCUUGUAAUUAUUAUAUCAUUCUUUGGUUUUUGUAACUGAAUAUGCGAAACUGCCAUUGAUAUAGUUACUGCUGUCUUUAGGAUAUAAAUAUAUAUAAUAUAUUGCAAGUGACCAUAUAAUUUGGAGAAGGAACUUUCCUUAGCUGCGUAUGUUAUGUUUGCCUUUUGAAAAUUUUAUCAAUACAUAUUGGCUUAUCCAUUGAAGCCCUUUAAUCUCCAUGCAAA